CAGUGUUGUUAGUUUUUAAAAGUGUCUAUUUAUAGCUUAACUGAUGUACGUAUUUCUCGGAAUAAAAUGUUAUACGAUACCUUAAAUUAAAAACACACGUUUCAAAGUAAAAUUUAAACACGAAUUUGCAUUCAGUUUAGUUAAAUUGUGAAUUGUGGUUUUGUUGGAAAGUGUACCACAUGUUUUUUUUUGACAAAUGACAUAUAGGAAAAGUACGAUGAACGAUGACACAUGACAAACAGAAUUUAUGUAGUGCCAACCUGUAAAAGAGAUUAGAAGUAUUGCGCAUUGCGCUUGCGCAGUUAAAUUACUGAUAGCUUGAUAGUGAUAAGUUUGCCGUUUAAAAUUAAUUAGAUGCCAAAUAAUAAGUUGUUUGGCGUCUAAGAUUUUGUUGAUUAUAAGUGCAAAGAUAGUAUAUGAUCAUAAAGUUGUUGUUGUGGUUUUUAGGACAAAACUAGCUUUUACCAGUUUUUGUUUUCCGAAACUGUCAUCAGUCAUUUGUCAGUCUUCAGUUAUGUCUGUUAUGUCAACAAAUUAGGUUCGAGAAACCCAAAUAAAAACAGAUUCAAAACAAAAUAAUAAAAUUGAGAAAAUGUCCGAAAAAGUGAAAGAGCCUCCUAUUUGUAGAACUUGUUUAUGUACUAUCACAGGCCACUCUUAUAGUUUACACGAAAAUAGUGGCCUAGAUGAUGGAUUGAAAUACACCCAUAUUCUAAGAUCUGUAGUACCAGCUCUGUAUUUGGGACUAUCUAAUCGUCCCGAAAUAUGUGCUGGCUGCAAAGAGGAUUUAAUAACUUCUUAUAAGUUCAGACAAAAAUGUCUAGAGACUGAACAUCUUAUUUGUAAUUAUUUACAAAAUCUAAAACUUGGCUAUCAGGUUAUAGAACUUAGUUCCGUUAUUAAACACAUACAAAUGCACAAAAUGAAAAAAACUGCAGAUAUUAUUUUAUCAGACUGGAAUGAUGAUUCCAAUGAAGGGACAACUAGUUCAGGAAAGCCAGUGCAGCUACUUUCACAGUUUCAAGAUAAUAUUUUAGUCACAGAUAAUAAAGGAACUUUUUUUAAUAUCCAACCAUUUCCAACCGAAAACAGGUCACCACCAACGCUAGUACCAAUAGAAGACGAAGGCACAGAAGUUCCAUUAGUAAAGAUAAAAGAAGAAAAAGAUGAUUUUGACCAAGAAAGUGAAAUACAGCAAGAACCACAAGCACAGAAACAAAUACAUAUGGAAAAAAUGUCAACAUCAAAUACAGAAGAAGGUACAGAAGAAAAUGUUUUAGGUAUAUGUGAAGACACAGGUCUAUUGAAGGAUCAAAAUGGUCAUUACUUUGAUUUGUAUGGAAAUGCCUUAGAGAAAGACGAAGUUGAAGCUGCGAGGAGAAGAGGCAUUGUUUCGGAAAAAGAAUUAUGUAAAAUCACAAAUGUUUUCACUCUAAAUGAAAAUGAAGGAAACGAGGAAAAGAAAGAUUCACAAAUAAGCGAUGAGAAAAAAAUCGACGAUGGCAACAUUCCAAAAGAAGUUAACGAAGACGAUUCACAAAAGAAUACCGAGAAUGAUUUAAAUAAAACAUCUCCUCCAACCACAUCGGAAAUAGACCAAACACCAAUAUCCAAACCGAUAUCAUAUUUAAGACCUGUGAAUAUUAAUAAUUUAUUAGCCAAAGAACAUAUAAGAAUGCACGAUGAGGAAAAUACAGAAAAUAAGGAUGUACCUCCUAAACAACCAGAAUUUAAAUCGUUAUCGGAGUUACUUAACCGUCAACCUCUAAACGCUGACACCAAUACUGAACCUAUACAGAUUAAACAAGAACCAAUGGAUAUUGGAGACGAGGAUUCAGACACACUGAGUCUACCAGAGGAGAUCGGCCACCCGCCUAAUGUGCAGAAAAUCAUUAACAAAUUAUUCACCGAUGAAGGUAAAGAUAGAUAUGUGGAUACUCCAGAUUUAAUAAGGAUUCAAAAUUGCUCCAUUUCGGAUAUAAGAAAAAUGCAACUGGAUCUAAAAAAUCGAACAAGUGCAGAUGUAACAAAUACCAGUAAAUCAACAGCAUUAGCGUCAGUAACUAAUGAAACCUCAAACAAAGCAAAUAUUGGCGGCAUACCAGUAGAUUCACAAUCUCCAGUUAUCAGAAGAGUAGUUCAAAGUGUCAGUCAGGGUCCAAAAAUUGUUAAAAAUCCCCCAAAAUAUCUACCUUAUUUUUUAAAGAAUAAAGAAGGGGCAACGGUCACUUUACACAAUAACGGAAACUUGUAUCAACUUAAAAUUGACAAAGGUGGCAAUAUCAUCAAUCAACGAACUCAACCUAUGGUACUUAUAGCUGGAAGUCAGAUACCUGGAUCUGUUAAUCAGGCAUCUCCAAAUUCUGUCAACCAACCUCAAGUAUCCAAUCAAACAGCUAAUGUAAAACUUUCACCUACACAGCGUAGACAAACAAAACCUCCCGUUUCAUUAUUGACCGAGCAAGUUUUGGAGAUGUCUGAAGAUAUUACAAAAAGAAAUGCACAAUACUGUAAAAGUUAUCGUAGACGAAAAAAAGCUGCAAAUCAGGGUGCAGCGGAAAAAAUAACUUCAAAUAAAACUAACUCUGACUAUUGUCGAAUGUAUAGGCAACGAAAAAAAAGGCUUGUUCAAGAAGGCCAAUCUGAGAACGAAGUUCUAAAUACUCCAUCAACCUCUAGUUUGCAAAUGACGUCCGAACCUCAGCCUGUUACCAACGAUUUAACUUCGUCCACUUCAGUACACAACACUUAUUCAUAUUCACCCAAGAAGAAAAGGUUUCGCAUAGAGCCCGUAGAUGAUCCUUUUGAUCCUGAUUCGAAAGAUUCACAAGCUACAAAUAAACAACUAAAGGAACCUAAUAAUUCACAAGUGUUACCUCCGCGUGUCUAUAAGGGAGAUGUUAUACAUGACGACGAACAAACCUGGGACCCGAAUAAUUCCCGUUUGGUCCCUACGUUCUAUAACUAUAAUGGAUAUUUUGUACACGAUCAUGAUUAUUUAAAAACGCCGUAUGUCAGAUCUGGGAUGUUGAAUAAAACAACCGCUAAAAUGAAAAUAUUAUCAUGCUACAUUUGUGGAUUCGUACAUCCGAUAGAAAAGCAUGUAGGCCAUAUGCGCCGACAUUCCCGUUUUUGUAAAGUGUGUAAAAGGAAUUUCCUAAAUGGAUUAAUGGUUAAUUCACAUAUGAAAACCCACAAAGUAGAAUGUGUUAAGUGUGGUAAGAAGGUUCCCGUUGGAGUUCUAAAACACCACGUCAAGAAUAACUGUGGAGAUUUUGAGAAUCAAAAGUUCCUUGAGGGUCAGCAAACACCGAUGAAGGCUUGGACUCCUGAACAUGACGCUCUGCUAAAGGAAACUUAUAAGGAAAACGCGCACCUUCCUACGAGUAAGAUAGAUGAAGUGUUAUCGGCGAAGUUUCUUGACGUGUUUGGUGAGACUUUAAAUGGAUAUACACUGCGUAUGAAGGCAUCUACAAUAAAAGACGAAAAGUGCUAUGUACGCCAGCGAGUAUCACUUAAGGCACCGGUUAAGGCAUCGGUUAAGGCAUGGACCCCUUCACAUGACGCUCUACUAAAGAAAACUGCGGAGGAAAACGCGCACCUCCCUGCGAAGAAGUUGGAAGAAGUGUUAUCGGCGAAGUUUCUUGAAGUGUUUGAUGAGAGAUUAAAUGGGUUUACACUGCGUGUCAAGGCCGGUAUGAGAAAAAGACGACGUGCUAGAGUGACAACAAAUAAAAGGCAUUCGAAGAUCGGCAGUGAUAUAGUAAAUCUCGGAGCAAGUACAUCCGGCAACAGUAUAGAAGGUAUCAAAUGUAAAAAGGAAAAACCAGAAGAAAAAUCUCAACCCAAUCCAUAUGUACAGUUGACAGAUGUUCUUAUUACGCAUCCAGAAGCAGCACCUACUGUUUCGCCCCGGAAACGUGACGAAAUUGCGCCCCGUAAACGUGACGAAAUUGCGCCCCGUAAACGUGACGAAAUUGCGCCCCGUAAACGUGACGAAAAAGUAUUUGCGAAGGAAUUAGCGAAAACCAACGAUAGCGACAGCUCGGAUUCACCUGAUCACGAUUCCGAUCCAGAUUAUACUGUACAACCAAAAAGAAGAAGAAUUUUACCGCGAAGGUCUCUUAGGUGUAAACAAAAUUCAAAUGCUGCAAGGCAAAAUUCGAAUCCUGUCAGACAAAAUUCGAAUCCUACCGGACAAAAUUCGAUUCCUUCUAGAAACUCGAAUCCUGCUAGACAAAAUGCGAGUCCUGCCGGACAAAAUUUGAAUCCUGCCGGACAAAAUUCAAGUCCUUCCAGACAAAGCUCGAAUCCUGCUAGACAAAAUUCCAGUCCUGCCAGGCAAAAUUCGAAUCCUGCCGGACAAAAUUUGAGUCCUGCCAGAGAAAGUUCGAGUCCUGCUAGAGAAAGCUCGAGUCCUGCUAGAGAAAGCUCGAGUCCUGCUGGACAAAAUUCGAGUCCUGCUAGAAAAAAUUCGAAUCCUGCCGGACAAAAUUUGAAUCCUGCUAGAGAAAAUUCGAGUCCUGCUAGACAAAAUGCGAGUCCUGCCAGACAAAAUUCGAGUCCUUUUAGACAAAACUCGAAUCAUGCUAGACAAAAUUCCAGUCCUGCCAGACAAAAUUCGAAUCUUGACGGACAAAAUUUCAAUCCUGCUAGAGAAACUUUGAGUCCUGCUAGAGAAAGUUCGAGUCCUGCUGAACAAAAUUCGAGUCCUGCUAGACAAAAUUCGAAUAAUGCCGGAGAAAAUUCGAGUCCUGCUAGACAAAGUUCGAGCCCUGCUAGACAAAAUUCGAGUCCUGCUAGACAAAAUUUGAAUCCUGCCGGGCAAAAUUCAAGUCCUGCUAGACAAAGUUCAAGUCCUGCUAGACAAAAUUCGAAUCUUGCUAGACAAACGUCCAGUCCUGCCAGACAAAAUUCGAAUCCUGCUAGACAAAGUUCGAGUCCUGCUAGACAAAGUUCAAGUCCUGCUAGACAAAGUUCAAGUCCUGCUAGACAAAAUUCGAGUCCUGCCAGACAAAAUUUGAAUCCUGCAACAAAAAUGGAAAUCCAAACUCGAAGUACAAGAAAAAUGAAAUCCUUGCUGAAGAGUGCAAAUGACUAAUUCUCCAAUAAUUCUGUUGUAUUUUUUGUAAAUAUUUUAACUAGGUUUACAAUUGUUGAUAAAUAUAGUUUAUUAUUAAUUACAAA